AUGGCAGUGACACAAAGGUACAAUGCAGAUGUUGGCUACCAGCGCAUGUGGCAAGCCGUAGCCAUGUGCUCAUUUGCUCCACUUAGCGGAGGUUUGGUAGACUGGAUCAGUGAAGAUGAAAAUGCUAAGAAUUAUUCUCCAUGUUUUUAUCUUUAUGCAGCUUUGUACCUCACAGCAGCCAUUGUAUCGCUCUUUGUAGACCUCAGUAUGAAGGUCCCAUCAGAGGGAGCUUUCAAAAACUUAUGGAUUUUGAUAUGCAACAUUGAAGGAUCUUAUGUUAUUUCAUGUUCUCUUCUUGGGGAUUUCCUGGGGUUUUUGGAAAACUUUUUAUUUUGGUUUCUGGAGAGUGAGCUAAAAUCCUCCACCCUGCUGAUGGGACUAACUCUCACUGUUGGAGCAGGAACUGGGGUUCCCAUGGCAAUAUAUUCUUCGCGGAUAACUGAGAAAAUAGGCUAUGUCAACGUCCUUGUUUUAGCCUUCGCAGCUUAUACUAUAAGGUUUCUAGGAUAUUCAUACGCCACCAAUCCAUAUUUAUGUCUAAUUUAUGAGACGAUGGAGAACUUUACAGUAACACUGUUGACAGUUGGUGUUACACUCUACUGCACUCAUCUAGCACCUUUAGAGAUGCUUACAACCAUGAUGACCCUUUGGAACAACCUUCAUUUCAUUUCUGGAAGGGCGUUUGGAAGUCUUAGUGGUGGAUUCAUGACGGAUGCCUGGGGAUUUCGAAAAACUUUCCGUGUUUAUUCUUACGUUUCUGUUUUUUUAUGCGUUUUCUAUUUCCUGAUAAAUAUUCUUUAUUUGAGAAAACUGCCUAGAUCCACUAAAGCAGCUGAUGCCUCUCCAGAAACAAAGAAAGAGCUUCAAGAGCGAAACCGCGCGUUGAGUAUAGCAGGAGUGGUGUCGCAUCGCGGAUUCCAUGAGAUGCCAACUGUUACCUCUUUGAACGUAGCAGGCUUAUAUUCCAGUAACAUGCAGUCCAUUCUGGCCCUAGAAGGCAGACGUCACAGCUAUCGGCCAAGAAAACGACGAAGUCUAGAAAAUGUGGUCACAAGAGAAAAACCCUCCAUAAGUCUGUCGUUUGUCCCUUCAACUGAAAAAACUUCAGUUGUGCCUAAAUCAAAUACUUUUCUUGAUUCGCUAAAUUAUCAGAAGAAAGGACCAUUUAUUAGACCCUCCAGAAGUCGCACAAAUUCCAACUUAGCGCCCUUGCCAGAAAAGGACGAAGUUAACACGAACCAAAAUCAAGCGAGAGAGAUGUUUGAAUCAGAAACAAACACCAAAAGUAGCUUUCAAAAUGGUGAAAACCUAGAAUGCAAAACUAUUUCAGAAGGUAACGUAAAUAUCACGUUUAUUCCUGAUACAAAUCUCGUAGAAACUACUGCUUUUUAACAGGGCGAAACGUCAACGUAGACCAUGCGUAUUGAACAUGACAAGAACCUUACGUAUCCAGAAAGUAUUUAUAUUAAUCAGAAACAAGGCAUACAACAUGAGUCAUGAAAGUACUUAAAAAAGAAAAGUUGUUGCACCAUUUGACGCAAACAAUGUAUUAUUUCGUUACAACACAAACUUAUGUGAGUUAUAACACAACUGAUUGUUGUGGCAGUUUGUAAUGGGAUUUGUGUUUUUAGAAAACACAAAAGACGAGAGUUUUCAUUUCAAAUUCGUGUAUUUUUAAAUACAUUGUUAUUUUAGGAAGUCACAUUUUUAUUAUGUAUAUGUAUAUUCUAUAAAUUUCAACACAAAUAUUGUGCAUCAAUCAACAAUCUGUUAGCCCACAAUGAUUGUGUUAUUUUGAAUUUGGAGUUGUGUUGUAGCCAUUGAAAUACCCGACUUGUGUUUCCCAGAACAUAAACUGUUUUGUUUUUCAAUACAAAUAUUUUUUUUUUACAAUACGAAUGAUUGUAAGUAAUAUAAAAGUGUGUUAAGUGUCGUACCCGAAGAAACGUGACGGAAUUUAACAAUAUUGCUACAUAAGCUCGUAAUAACUACCAGUCAGUUUAAAACUUACGAAUUCGAAGUUCGAUUAUUGUACGUCAGGAAAUUAGAAAAUAUGAGCCUUAGUAUAGCUAUCCUCAUUAUGUUUGUAAUGUAGGAAAAAUUUGGAGUGUGGUUAGGGAAUCUCUUUUGAACAGUUUCAACAUCUUUCAUUCUUUAAAAGAACAAGUCCUCCACUGGCACAGUGUUAAAUCUGCGGAUUUAUAACCUUAGAAACCGGGUUUCGAUGCCCGUGGUGGCCACAGAUUGCCAAUUGUGUAGCUUUGUUCUUAGCUACAAACAAUCAAAAGAACAAACAUCAAAUUUAUGUGACAAGUUACCCUCACCAAUCAUGCAAUAUGCGUAGAUGUGGUUCGUAAAUCAUGAUUUGUGACUGUUUAAAAAAAUGGAUAAAAUGCGUAAUAAACAUAAGUAUGGUUAA